AUGAACAGUCUCCCAGCUGCAGUCAAAGCCAACACAAUUAAACUCGCCAACAACGAUGUCAAACUCUACAACGACUGGAUCCGCGCACCCAUCAAGCGCAACCACCGCCUCAAGAAGCCCCUCAAACCCAUCCCCCCAACAGCCUUCCCCACAGUGUCAGAGCACAUCAAACAGCUCACCUGCUUCGAAAUGCCCAUGUCCAACGACCGCCCCAUGCGCAGCAGACACUUCUUCAUCCGCAUGCGCCUCCGGGGCAUCAUCGACAUUGAAGAGGAGCUUCUCAACAGCAUCGUACAGCAUCUCAACGAUCUUCAGGAUCUCAAGGACGACAAUCGCACUAGUGGUUUCACGAUUGCCAUGAUGGAAGGUGAUCUGCUCAGACAGCUGGGGGUGAUUAGGGGGGCGAGGUGGAUUAAGUUGAAGGUCAUCUGUGAGUUGGCGAUUAUUCAGCAGGAGGUUGAUCAUUGGAGCUCGGAACAGCCUGAUGAUUGA